AUGUCGGAACUCUGGUAUCAGCAGCCAGCAAAGAUCUGGGAUGAAGCCCUGCCAGUGGGCAACGGCCGCCUGGGGGCCAUGGUCUAUGGCCGAAUCGACACGGAAAUGCUUCAGCUCAAUGAGGACUCUGUGUGGUAUGGGGGCCCCCAGAGUCGUACCCCACGGGACGCCGCGCAGUAUUUGACACGUCUGCGGCAGCUGAUCCGAGACGGGAACCACGCCGAGGCGGAAAAGCUAGUGAGGUUGGCAUUCUUUGCGAGCCCUACGAGCCAGCGGUACUACGAACCGCUGGGACACCUGUUCCUAGAUUUUGGUCAUUCGCUGGACCGAGCUACCGGGUACCGACGAUCAUUGAACCUGGAUCAAAGUGCCGCUCAUGUCCAGUACGAGUAUGAUGGCGCCACUUUUGAGCGAGAGGUCAUUGCAAGCUAUCCAGAUGGUGUUCUCGCCAUCCGGAUAAAGUCAUCGAGACCGGCGGAGUUUGUGGUGCGUGUGAACCGUCUUAGCGAACUCGAAUAUGAGACCAAUGAGUUUCUGGACGACGUUGUUGCCACCGAGAAUACCAUCACCAUGCAAAUCACCCCCGGUGGCAAGGAUAGUAACCGAGCUUGCUGCGUGGUCGGUGUGAGGUGUGAAGAUGGCGAGGGCCAGAUCACGAGGAUUGGAGACAGCCUGGUCGUGCGCAGUCGCAAUUCUCUCGUGCUUCUUGCAGCCCAGACGACGUUCCGACAAAAGGACAUUGAAAAAGCAGCUUUGGACGAGGUGAAAGCAGCUCUUCAAUUUCCAGUUGACAAACUCUGGACUCGCCACAUGCGAGACUACCAGUCCCUGUACGGCCGCCUGAGCUUGAACUUAACCCCGGACUCGUCCCAUAUUGCGACUGAUCAGCGACUCAAAGAAUCUCGAGAUCCUGGACUAGUGGCAUUGUAUCACAACUACAGCCGGUACCUAUUGAUCUCAUGUAGCCGGGAUGGAUCCAAGCCUCUUCCAGCGAACCUGCAAGGACUCUGGAACCCGUCUUUCCAUCCCGCCUGGGGCUGUAGAUUCACGAUCAAUAUCAACACCCAGAUGAACUAUUGGCCGGCAAAUGUCGGUAACCUGUCCGAGUGCGAGAUGCCGCUCUUCUGCCAUCUGGAACGAAUGGCUGAACGGGGCAAGAUCACCGCGCAAAAGAUGUACGGCUGUCGCGGCUGGGCGGCUCAUCAUAACACCGAUAUCUGGGCUGAUACUGAUCCCUUGGAUAGCUGGAUGCCGGCCACUCUGUGGCCCCUAGGUGGUGCCUGGCUGUGUGUCCAUAUUUGGGAGCACUUCCGCUUCACGGGGAACGAGUCCUUUCUGCAGCGACUAUUCCCCGUCCUGCGGGGUUGUGUAGAGUUUCUCCUCGACUUUCUCAUCGAAGACAGCUCCGGAGAAUACCUGGUGACGAACCCGUCGCUGUCACCGGAAAACACAUUCUACGACGUAAACGGACAGAAGGGGGUGCUCUGUGAAGGAUCCGCGAUCGAUAUACAAAUUGUCCAUGCGGUCUUGACUGCCUUUAUCAAUUGCAGUCAGGUUUUAGGCCUCGAGAAUGACCUUCUUCCCAAUGUACAGAAAACCCGGCAACGACUGUCUCCAAUGAAGAUCGGCUCGUUUGGUCAACUCCAGGAAUGGGCCGCCGAUUACGCUGAAGUCGAACCGGGCCACCGGCAUACAUCUCACCUGUGGGCUCUCCAUCCCGGCCAUACCAUCACCCCAGAGACGACCCCUGCGCUUGCCAAAGCCUGCGCCGUCGUUCUCCACCGGCGCGCCAGCCAUGGCGGCGGACAUACGGGCUGGAGCCGGGCCUGGUUGGUGAACCUACAUGCCCGGCUGCUGGCGGCUGAGGAAUGCGCGCGGCACCUGGACCUGCUGCUGGCGCAGUCGACGCUCCCGAACCUACUAGAUAGCCAUCCGCCCUUCCAGAUCGAUGGGAACUUCGGCGGCGGCGCAGGGGUGCUGGAGAUGCUGGUCCAAUCCCACGAGGAGGGCCUGAUCAAGCUUCUCCCGGCAUGCCCCCGCGCGUGGAGCACAGGCUCCCUCCGCGGGGUUCGGGCCCGGGGAGGCUUCCAGUUGGACUUUAGCUGGGAGAAUGGGAAGAUCGUCGGGUACCCGACGAUGGAUCUAGAAGCUGUCCGCGACCUGCAGGGCAGCCUGCGCAGCGAUUUCUGGCACGGGUACGCGACUGCGGCGGCGCAGGUGGAAGGGGCGUGGAACAAGGACGGCAAGGGCCCAUCGAUCUGGGAUACCUUUGGACACACGGCGGGCAAGGUCAAGGACGGCAGCAACGCGGACGAGGCGGUGCGGGCGUACGAGCUGUACAAGGAGGACGUGGCGCUGAUGAAAUCGUACGGGGUGAAUGCGUACCGGUUUUCGCUGUCGUGGUCGCGGAUCAUCCCGCUGGGAGGCCACGAGGACGGUGUGAACGAGGCCGGAAUCCAGUUCUACUCGGCGUUCAUCGACGAGCUGCUGCGGAACGGGAUCACCCCGUUCGUGACGCUUUUCCACUGGGAUACGCCGCAGGCGCUGGAGGACCGGUACGGCGGGAUGCUGGACCAGACGGCGUACACGCGGGACUUUGUGCGGUACGCGCGGGUGUGCUUUGAGCGGUUCGGCGACCGGGUCAAGCACUGGAUCACGUACAACGAGCCUGGGGUGUACACGCUGGCCGGGUAUGCGGCGGGGGUGCACGCACCGGGACGGUCGUCCUUCCGGGAGCGCAACGAGGAGGGCGACUCAUCGACGGAGCCGUUCAUCGUGGCCCAUACGGAGCUGGUCUCGCAUGGGCACGUUGUGAAGAUGUACCGCGACGAGUUCCAGCCCGCGCAGCAGGGCACGAUCGGGAUCACGCUGCAUGGCAACUGGUCGGAGCCGUGGGAUGAGGCCGAUCCGCUGGACCAGGAGGCGGCAGAGAGGGCGCGCGAGUUCGAGAUUGCCUGGUUCGCUGAUCCGGUGUAUCGUACGGGCGACUACCCGGCGUCGAUGCGGGCGCAGCUGGGCGACCGGCUGCCGCACUUCACGGCAGAGGAGUCCCGGCUGGUGCUGGGCAGCUCCGACUUCUACGGGAUGAACUCGUACACCGCGUUCUUUGUGCGGCAUCGGACCGAACCCGCAGACAUCAACGACCACAAGGGAAACAUCGAGGUGUUUGACGAGAACAAGCAGGGGGUGUCACGCGGCGACGAGAGCGACACGCAGUGGCUGCGCCGCUCGCCAUGGGCCUUCCGCAAGCUGCUCAACUGGAUCUGGAAACGCUACCAGACCCCCAUCUACGUGACGGAGAACGGAUGCACGGCCAAGGGCGAGACGGCGCCCACGCCCGACGUCCUCAAUGAUACCUUCCGCAUCGGCUUCUUCGAAGGGUACGUCGGCAACCUGGCGCGCGCUGUCAAGGAAGACGGCGUCGAUAUCCGGUCGUACUUUGCCUGGACUUUUACCGAUAACUGGGUCGGCCGCCGCGACGUCUUACGACCCCCGACCGCACCGAAACCGACCCCCAACAUCAAGCACAUCCGCCAGAACGCCGAGCUGUACGCGAGCAAUUGCGUCGACCGGAACUACCCUCUGCACGCCGAGUACCCGGCCAAGAUCCAGCAGCUAUCCGAGGAGGCUCGCCAGCUCGACUACGACCUGAAGGCACCCCGCUCGCGGAUAAAGGAGCUAGGAAAAUCGAUCGCCAAGCUGGCGGCGUGCGGGGAUGCUGCAGGAGAAGGAGAACUGUCGGCCCUGCGCGCCGAAGCACAAGGGCUGAAGGAGGCCUCGGCGGCCAUGAAGACCAGGAUGACCGCGUGUACGGAGGAGAUCCAGCGGCUGGCGUUCGCGCUGCCAAACCUCUCCUCCCCGCAGACUCCUGUCGGCGACCAGCCCACCCUCAUCGGUCACAUCAACUAUAACCCACAGCAUCCUCCGGAAUGGGUGUCACGCCCGCCGGACCUGACCCGCUCCCACGUGCAUAUCGGCACGACGCUCGGGCUGAUCGAUUUCACCAGCGCCGCCGCCAGCUCCGGAUGGGGUUGGUACUUCCUCGUCAACGAGGGGGCCCUGCUGGAACAGGCACUGGUGCAGUAUGCGCUGGGCGUGGCGCGCCGGCGCGGCUGGACGGUCGUCUCCCCGCCCUCGUUGGUAUACUCGUACGUCGCGGAGGCGUGUGGCUUCCAGCCGCGCGACCAGAACAACGAGCAGCAGAUCUGGUCCAUCGAGCAGUCUGAACGAGAUCGCCAGGCCCGCCCGUCACGCUCGCUGACCGCCACCGCCGAGAUCCCCCUGGCCUCCAUGCUGGCCGGCCAGGAGGUCGAUGCGGCGAGACUACCCCUUAGACUCGUCGGCUCCAGCCGCUGCUACCGCGCCGAGGCGGGUUCUCGCGGCGUCGACACCAAAGGCCUGUACCGCGUGCAUGAGUUUACCAAGGUAGAACUGUUCGCGUGGGCAGACAAUGCUACCGACAACAAUCCUACCACCGGAGCAUCAUCUUCCUCUUCAUCAUCUCCAUCUUCCGCUACCAUCUCAUCAGAUGACCUCUUCGCCGAGCUUCUAGACAUCCAAACCGAGAUCCUCACCUCGCUAGGCCUCCCCUGUCGUAUCCUGGAGAUGCCAACCGCCGACCUGGGCGCCAGCGCCAGCCGUAAACGCGAUAUCGAGGCGCUCUUCCCCUCGCGGCUGCGCGGGGCAGACCUCGAAUCUGCCUGGGGGGAAGUCACCUCCGCGUCCAUCUGCACGGAUUACCAGUCUCGUCGGCUGGGGACACGCGUCCGCGGCGGAACGGGGGGGAUCCAGGAGUCCCGGUUCCCGCAUACCGUGAACGGGACGGCGGUGGCUGUGCCGCGCGUCCUGGCUGCGAUCUUGGAGAACGGGUGGGAUGCUGAGCGGGGGGUUGUGGUCAUCCCGGAGGUGUUGAGGGGGUAUAUGGGUGGGAUGGAAGUUAUUGGAAGUAAUUAG